AUGGCCCCUCCCAAUGAGCCUGCGGCGGUGGGGGUCGUCAGGUUUUCCAGCCUGCACGACGUGCCGGCCUCCUUCGUGGAAGCCAACGGCGCCACGGACCCCCUUGCCCCCCGUCCCGGCACGCUGUCGCGCCUGCACAAGUCCCUGAGCACCUUUAGCAGCAGUACCAGCCUGCUGCCGCACUCCAGCAGCUGCACCUUUCAAGAACCCACAGGCACCUGGUUCCAGGGCUGCUACUACCUGGUGGCGACGGUGGGCGCGCCCUUCACCCUGUCCCUGCCCAACGCCUUUGCGCGCCUGGGCUGGGCCGGCGGCACCACCACCGUGCUGGUGGCCUACCUGGCCACGCUGUGGUGUGCCACGCGCAUGGCGCACCUGCACGAGUUUGGCGGCGUGCGGCGCACGCGCUACCGCGACCUGGGCGUGGCCGUGCUGGGGCCCCGCCUCGGCCGCGCCCUGGUCACCUGCCUGCAGCUGGUGGUGAACACGGGCAUGUGCACCAUCUACCCCGUCAUCUGCGGCCAGGCGCUGCAGGGCGCCUACACGGCGCUGUGCGGCCUGCGCGCCGGCACGCACUGCCUGCCCUCCCUGUCCCCCUGGAUCGCGGGGUUUUCGGGGGCCCAGCUUCUCCUCGUCGUCCUGCCGGACAUCGCCAGCCUGGCGCCGGUGCAGGCCGCGGGGGCGCUGACCACGCUGGGCUUCUGCUUCCUCGCCGUCCUGGGCUGCAUCCUCCACGGCCGGGACGCGGACGUGUCCUACGCCAUCGCUGGCAGCGUGGCGGGGCGCCUGUUCCCCGCUUUCUCGGCCCUGGGCUCCAUCACCCUGCUCUUUGGCAACACCGUGCUGGUCGAGACGCAGGCGGUGCUGGCGGCGCGGCCCAGCGCGGUGCCGCCCAUGCGCCGCGCCGCGCUGGUCGGCUACACCGUCAUCUGCGCCCUGGUGCUCGCCGUCGUCCUCUCCGGCUACUGGGCCUUUGGUGCGGGCGUGGACUCCUUGGUCUUCAACUCUAUCCGGCACCCCAUCUGGUUGGUGGUCCUGGGCAACUUCCUCCUGGUCGGCAACGGCCUGGCAGGCUACCUAAUGUUUGCGCACUCGGUGUUUGACUGGGUGGACACCCGCAUCGCGCUGGCGCACUGGACGGGGCUGGAGUACCGAGACUCCUGGGCCGUCAUCGCCAAGCGCCUGAGCUUCCGCUGGGCCUUCGUGGCCGCCACGGGCUUCCUGGCCGUGGCGCUGCCAUUCAUCACCGACCUGAUGGGCCUGGUGGGCUCCGUGGGCUACGCCCCCCUCUGCUUCAUCCUGCCCUGCGUCAUGUGGAUGAUGGCGCGCGGCGCCGCACUGCGCCGCUGGGAGCGCGCGCUCUGCCUGCUCAUCGCCGCGCUCUUCGUGCUGGUCGGCCUCCUGGCCGCCGUCGGCUCGGCAUGGAGCAUCGUGGACCACGCCACGUCCUACGCCUUCUUCUCCUGA